AUGGACUGCGGCCACCAUGCCGGCGUUAUCGACGCGGCUGAAAAUCUGCGCAUCUUCGGUGGGACAGCGGCCCAACCUGAUAGCUGGCCCUGGCAAGUCUUCCUGCGGACUGGGCCAUUCAACAACAACGCCUCAUACCAGUUACAAGGAUUAAACCCACAGGCCGUGGUUACGUUCAUGCCGCACAACUGCGGUCGCUCCAGAACGGCCACAUCCAUUACCGUCCAGCGAAUCUUUCUUCACCCUUUAUGGAAGGGCAACGGGCACAGCGGUCGCUCCAGAACGGCCACAUCCAUUACCGUCCAGCGAAUCUUUCUUCACCCUUUAUGGAAGGGCAACGGGCACAGCGGUCGCUCCAGAACGGCCACAUCCAUUACCGUCCAGCGAAUCUUUCUCCACCCUUUAUGGAAGGGCAUCGGGCACAGCGCAGAAAUUGCGUUUAGCCCGACAACCGUGCAGCCCAUCUGCCUGCCGCUGCCCAACAUUGUGCUGACCGUCGGCGAGAUGUGCUACGCCGGUGGGUGUGGCCGCACCGAGACCGGAGCGCCGACGGAUCUGCUGCAACUGGCGCUGCCCAUCCGCGAUUCGGAUUGUGGAUUCCCGUUGACGCGGGAAAAGCUAUGCGCCGGUCAAGCGUACGAUAACAGUCAAAGUGGAAAGAGCAUGUACGGCAGAAUGAUUUAUAAUUGUUGGGUUAGUGAGACACUGUGA